UACCCAUGUUGCCGUGCGGUGUCCACCAUGUUACAUUUCUGUGCGGAAUUCAAGUUUUACGAUUCGUCCACUGCAACUUUCAGUCCAUAUUCUACACCUUCCACAGCAUUUUCUUGCCCGUCACAGUUCUACAAGCAAGGCCAGAAGGUCUGAGAGGCCGCGGAUUGUCGCCAGAUUGCCAGAUGUAACCGGAUAGUUCUCAGUUUACCUCCAAGCCGCAUGUAAACACCGGGUAUCGAGGAAGAGUCCAGCGGCAAAGCUCCGGGUUUCCCCCGAUGAUUCAUACAUUCCUUUGUCUUUUAUUUCCCGAAAUAUGAUUUAGUCACAGUCAUCCGAAUUCCUGAAUGUUGAAAAGGGACUGUUGAUCGCAGACGUGAAGAUUUCCUACAGCAAUGGGGCUGGAAGAAUACCAGAAAGUUCAAGUUGUGGGGAAGGGGAGUUAUGGAGAGGUGUGGCUGUCCCGACACCAAAAAGACAGAAAACAGUAUGUACUGAAACGUAUGGACUUACAGAAUGCAUCCAAACGUGAGAGGAAGGCAGCAGAACAGGAAGCCAAGCUGCUGUCCAAGCUGCGGCACCCCAACAUCGUGAACUACAAGGACUCGUUUGAGACGGAGGAGGGGAUGCUGUACAUAGCCAUGGGGUUCUGCGAGGGGGGAGACCUGUACACCAGACUCAAGAACCAGAAGGGGGUGCUGUUAGAGGAGGAACAGGUGGUGGAAUGGUUUGUGCAGAUCACAAUGGCGCUACAGUACCUGCAUGAGAGAAACAUCCUCCACCGAGACUUGAAGACCCAGAACAUCUUCCUGACCAAGACUAAGAUUAUAAAGGUCGGUGACCUGGGGAUAGCCCGAGUGCUGGACAGCUCCAGUGACAUGGCCACCACUCUCAUCGGCACACCUUACUACAUGAGUCCUGAACUCUUCUCCAACAAACCUUACAAUCACAAGUCUGACAUCUGGGCCCUAGGGUGCUGUGUGUAUGAGAUGGCCACCCUGAAACAUGCCUUCAAUGCCAAAGACAUGAACUCUCUAGUCUACAAGAUCCUCAGGGGAAAGAUGCCUUCCAUGCCCAAGAAGUACAGCACUGACCUGUGUGACCUGAUUAAGUUGAUGCUGGCCCAGGAUCCCGAGAAGCGCCCCAGCUCCAAACGUGUCCUGAGGAACCCUUACAUCAAGACUCACAUCGCCUUGUUUCUGGAGGGGACCAGGAGACUGCAGCGCCCUCGUUCCUCCUCCGGCUCACGUCCUGGGUCGGGGUCCCGCCAGGCCGUCCCCCCCUCCCCGCAGAAGUCGGACGCUCCAGAUGGACAGAUGAUGGGGUCCAUAGCAACGGUAUCCAAGGUGGAUUUUGAAGUCCAAGAUGUUCCUGAUACCCCGGGUGUGGCCGUCAGUCCUGACCUGGAGACCAUUGAGGAGAAAUCCCCUCCUCCGACGGAACAGAAUGUCAAACAGGCAGCAAGAAAGACCCCCCUCCCCACCCCUGGUAGUGAGGAGCCCUCCAAACACAAGCAGAGGAGAAGGAAGAAGAAGGAUGCAGACUCUGACUCAGUCAACAGUGUCGACUCUGUCACAUCCGACUCCUCAAGCUCAAGGUCAUCUGUGUUCGACAAGCCCAAAGCAGUACAAAAGCCCCGUCCCCUGCCCCCACCCCCCCACAGUGACGAGACCCCCAAGAGGAGACCGCACUCAGGAGACAAGCAUGCCAAGGGGCGGAGUGUGGAGUCCAGCUCAGGAUACAGCUCUGUCUCCAGCUCUAAGGAAGAUGCAGACACACCAAGGCAAAGUAUCAACAAGUCAGCACGAGCAAGAAGAAGAGAAAAAGUCAAGCAAGAAGUUAAACUGUCACCAUUAGUUCACAACAGGAGGUCAUCAGGUGAAAGACCAAGGACAGGUGGGGACCGACCUAAAGACGAGACAGAUUCCAUUGCAGCUCCCAGAAGGAGAGCGCACUCCGACAGCGGGGGGUCUGGUGACAGCAGGCCGUACUCGGCCGAGACAAAAAGUAGUCAGGACAGCUCAGAAGAGGAUGAUGAAGUCGACUCUCAGUCAUCCAACGAGGGAAAGAAAAAGAAAGAGACGGAGAUGAACAACUUCAUCUGCCUGCUGGACACCACCCUGAAGAUGCAGGAUGGGAAGGAUGAGGAGGAUGACUCCCCGCGGGACGGAGAGGAGCCCCUCCCCAUGGAGGAGGUCCCCACACCCCAGCCACCCGCACAGUCUCCUGCACCGUCCAUGAGUCCAGGGCUUGAAACCAUCAGUGCCUCCGGCAGGCUGAUGAACAGAAUAGCAGCCCUGAGGAAGGACUGCAUCAAGGGGCUGGGCAUGGGGGUUCUGAAGAAGGCUUACGACAUUCUGGACACAGUAGAUGGAGACGAGGUGGAGCCCCAGCUGGUUGAACUGCUGGGUAAGGAGAAGUUUGACAUGUAUGCUGGGAAGGUUUGGCAGCUCAAGUUCUGUGAGGACUCCAUGAUGGGACUGCUGUAGUACACCUCAAGGUCAAGGUCAACUUCUCAAUCCCACUUCUGACACCAUGUGUUAGGGCAACUCAAACACCAGAUACAAUCUAACAUGUCCAGACCACCUAGGAGACUGACUUCUCAAUCCCACUUCUGACACCAUGUUUCUGUGUUAGGGCAACUCAGAUACAGUCAAACCUGUCUAAGAAGACUAAUCAGGAUACUGACCUUCUCAAUCCCACAUCUGACACCAUGUGUCUGUAUAGAGCAACUCAAACACCAGGUACAGUCAAACCUGUCAAAGAAGACCACUCAGUGGACUGACUAUACAAUCUGGUCAAUUUUGACAGGUGGACUCUUAAUGCUUGUGUUAAUGAGAAAAUUAAUCUAAUGGACCCAAAAAAAGUGGUUGCAUUGGCCAGAUGGUCUCUAUAUAGAGGUCCUCACUUCUACAGGUUUGACUGUACCUUGCAGUGAAGGAUAGGUUACAAUAAGAAUAGAUAUAUGGUAAAUCACAAGGGGAUUGGCAUCAGUGGUUUGUCUCAGUAGAGACAUUAUAAGCUAUUUACCGUAUCCCAUUCCUCAGAAUGCACAAAUGGUAAAUGCCCAUCCAAACACAGGUGAGCCUUGGUAAAAUUACCUAGUCAUGCACCAGGUUGAGGAUAAAGACCACUUUAGAUUAAAGAACUCCAUUAUAAAUGUGUCUAAAAGAAAUAAACGGUUAAAGACAAAUCUAUAGUAAGCUUGGUUCCUCAUAGCUAACUAUUUUUGAAUCUAUGGCUUCAGGUACUGAGCUACUACUGCUGUACAGUAUUGAGUCUUAAUGUAGCAGACAUCAAAAACAAACAUAUAUUGUAUCAACUUGCAGUGUCUUAUGCAGCAACCUUCUCAGAUUCACAAGUUUUUUCUGGCAAACUACAAGGAGGCUAAAGUGAUAAUUGAGCUAUUGUUACAGAAUGAACUGCAACCAAUUUACAUUGUUCCUUGGUGCAACUAUUGUUAUGAUUUUAUAAUUAAGUGAAAUAGCUAUUUUCUACUUUUCACCUUAAACUCUGUGGAUAUAUGCUACUGCCAAAGGUGGUGAUUAUAUAGAGGAGAAGUGAAAUUGAUUUAUACUUUUUGAUUGUUUUGCGUGUUUUGUUUGUAUAUGUUGCAAAAUCCGGAUUUAUGUCUCGGUCUUUGAGAUGUUAAUACCUUGAUUUCAGUGUUGUGUGUGAAACUGCCAGAUGUGUUAGAUUGUGGACUCUUGUUGUCCUGAGUGGUUUGAAUUCUUUAUGUAGAGUGUAUAUUUAUAGAGGCUUGGAAAAUUGGAGCUUUACCUGUGCCUUAAUAGACCACAGUCGGUAGAAAUAAAGGAACAUGUAUGAAAUUGAACUGUUAUACAAAAUGGGACCAGGCGCUUUCAUAUUUGGGUAAAGAAAAACUGACUAGAAAACAUGAAAUAUAUUUGGAUUUGCACCAAGAAACAUAUCGUCCUUCUAUUAGAUAUUCCAUGCAAUAAGCACCUUCAUAAGGCUACAAAAGAGCGGAUGUAAAAUUUGGGCUUCACGUAAAAUGCUUUGCAAGAGAUAAUCAUGAAAGUGUGGAAAAUUAUAAGAAUGAUAUUGUGUCUUUCCUUUAUAAUGUGUUAUCCCCAUAAAUUGUACCCAAUUUCUCCACAGCUGAAUAUAGAUAUUAAAUUCUGUGAACUUUCACUGGCAACUGAAGUUACAUCUGAUUGAUUCUGCAGUGUCCUGCCAAACUGCUAGAGGGCAUUUCAAAAUGUUCCAUGCAGCCUAAUGGUCUAUCUUUGACAUCACCUUUAAUUAAUGUUCCAGGAGUACCUUAUUUCUGCUAUGUAACUGCCACUACUGAAAGUACACAAAUGGCUGCUGUAACAGUUAUAGAACUAAGAGGUCGUUGUACUUACGGCAGUGAAUGGUACAUUCAAAGCCGUAGUUCAUGUAUUUACAUUUGACUAACCCUGUUUCUAUGCAACGUAAGGCCUCAUAUGACCUCUAAUGAUCUUGUUGUGUGCAUAGAGCUGUAUAGAGCAGAUCUACAUUGCUGUGUUGUGAAGAAACCAUCAGUGCUUUAGCUAGAUACAGUUUGUGUAAAACGUCGUAAAUGGACCUCGAAAGGUUGAAAACCUCUGCAACCUCCAAACAGGAUGUAACAACAUUUUUCAGAAACUACAAUAAUUAUUGUUACUGUGUUACUGUACAACUAUGCUGUAAACCUGUACAUUUUCACCAUUUGUCACCAUAAGAAUUGAAUAGUGUUAAACAGAAACCACCUAUCUUGAUGUCUAUGUUACAUAGUUACACCAAGGUAGUCUGUUGUGCAUGAGUCUCUACAACUGUGACCAUUGUUGGAUGACACAGUAUGAAAUACAAUCUGGUGAAUAAGUCAGUCUCAGGGCAAGCCUUCUUUAUGUGGUUUAGUUUGGUUACUCUAAUGGUACCUGUUUUCUAACUGCUUCUAUUUGCAGGAAGUCAUUUGUAGUGGCGGACAGAGAACUGUACAUGAAGUUAACAGAAAAUAAGAGCUGUCAGGAAAAGGGUGAAAAUGCCAGGGAAAAACCACAGAAAAAAGGCUUACAUCUGAGGCAAGAUCACUUAUCUGUCAACUUGAAAGCAGUAUUCAGAACUCAGAUACAUAUGCAUAUUUUUCUAAUCAGAAGAAGACACAAUUAUGUUAACUUUACUUUAUUAGAAAAGUUGAUAUAUGCUUCGAGUAAUAUGGCUUGAAGAAUAUACAUUAAUUUUGAUUUGAUCAUCCAAUUAUAGAUUUAAUGAACCGUCCCUACACUGUGGAGGUCUAUCUCUAUUGAUUAUUCUCGAACUAUCCCCUUCAGAACAAGAAGCCAUCUGAAGUAUCCAAUAAAGAUCUGUUGUGACGUACAAAG